GCUUGACCUGAAGAAACAAGAACGAACUAUUUCUUGUUAAAAAAAGAAAAACGAGAUAAAAACUUCUUCAUAGUUUGAUUAAUUUAAAUAACUGACCAGAAAAGUGAAAACGGAAAUAUUUGAAUCAUUUGGCGCUUCUAAGCAUGCAAGCGAGGGAACCUAUUGUCAGUAAUUCGGAACGACUUUGUGUGCAUGAGUUAUUACUCAACAAGAAAAGAUUAGAUGGCCGAAAGCAGUUAGAGUUUAGAAAUUUAGAAUUGACGUUCACAGAUCAGCUUGGAGGUUGUGUUGUUGAUUUGGGAGAUACCAAAGUGUUUUCUCAAGUGUCAUGUGACAUCGCGCGACCUAGGCCUACUAGACCACAUGAGGGGCUCUUGUUUGUCAAUUUGGAAUUCUCGCCAAUGGCUUCGACAUCUUUCGAGGCAGAGCGCACAAAUGAGCUGUCGAUAGAAGCUAAUCGGAUCAUCGAGAGGUGUCUGGUGGACUCGCAUUGUCUGGACAUGGAGUCCCUAUGCAUCAUCAGUGGAGAAGUGGUCUGGGAGAUCAGACUGGACAUCCGGGUACUUAAUCACGAAGGAAAUCUCAUAGACGCAUGUUGCAUAUCAGCCAUUGCAGCUCUCUCUCACUUCAAGAGGCCAGACGUCACAGUCUAUGCCUCGGAGGAGAUCCAGGCACUCGAAGACACAAACGAACAACAAGGAAGUUUCCACGGCAGGAUGAAGUUCCAUAGCAGUAAAGAGAAGGCUCUUGUUUCUCUGAAUAUACAGCAUAUCCCAGUUUGUGUUACCCUCUGUUUUUAUGAUCAGGGAAAACAGUACAUAGUGGAUCCCACGAGACUCGAAGAGAUGAAUUUGGAAGGAAAGAUGGUAGUGGCAGUUAACAAUCAGAAAGAAGUCUGCACAUUGCAUCUCUCAUGUGGAGGCCUCAUGCUUACAAGAGACGACUUCCUAUCCCACGUGCACAAGGCCAGCACUAUAUGCAGUCAGAACCUCAUCGUCAAAAUCAAAGAGAAGUUGAAGGAAAACGCAGAAUGGCAGAAGACACAAAGUCUGCAGAAACAACUGGAAUCGAAAAUGAAAAUCAACCACGAAGUUCCAAUUGCGCCUUUGAACGAAGGACAAGCUUAUGUGGAGCAAUUAAAUAGUGAAGUUACUAAAUCAAAAAAGAAACAAUCAAAAGAUAAUGUCGUAAAUGAUGCGAAAGUUAAUGAAAAUUCAGGCAAAGGAGACGCUUCAGAAGACUAUAAAGUUCACCGUAAAAGGCAGAAUGUUGCAGCUUUGGUUCAGAAUAGUUCAAAUUGGAAAAUUGGCAAUAAUUUGACUUCAACCGGAAAAGUUUUCACUAACAAAAAAGAAGGAUUUGCAUCCUUGAUGGAUGAAGCAGAUCAUGAUGAAAUUGAACUGAAUAAAGAUCAAACUGUUCCCCCUCCAAACUUAGAUAAUGAUGACGUUGAAUUUAGUGAUGAUGAGGAAGAUAGUGUACAAGUUAUUCUAUAGCGACAAGUUUGUUUUCAGUUGAAGUUUUACUCAU